AUGUCGCCAGCAAUGACAACAACAGAAGUAACUUAUGAAAAACUUACAAAUAUUGCCGAUAAUGGUGAUUUACAACAUGUUCCAUCGUCAACGAUCAAUUAUAAACUUCGUGCAACGGCUAAUUGGGUUAAGAAACCUUUUAAGCAGCGAAGCUUUUGGGAACGUUUAGCGACAUUAGAUUUAGCUAGUGAUAAAUGCUAUGUUGUUCAACCACAAAAUCCUAAUCCACCACCUAAUCUUAAUGUUUGGCGUGAACGUCUAUGGUUAGUUAUAACAAUCGCACCAGCGUUAUUGAUUCAGGCACUUUGGUAUUACAUUAUACCUGAAACAAGUUAUUUCCAUACAUGGCAUCCAAUUUUUGCGUUUGUUUUCUAUCACUUAGCUUUUGUUGCAUUUACUAUUCGUCUUAUCAAACACCUCACUUAUUACAUGGAUGUUUAUGGCACAUUUGAUGAACAUAAUCGACCUCGUGAUUAUGUUCCUGACAAAUAUGUACCUCGAUUGAUUAUAAGCGUUCUAAUUUAUACAUUAGCACGUACUGGAGGUGGACUUAUUCUCGGUGGAUACAAUCGUCAUGCACCUCCAUCACUUGGACAUACGAUUUCUUGGCUUUUCCCAGUUAAAAUCGGUCUUUGGUUGAUUUCCCUCGAUUUCUUCUUCUAUUCAUAUCAUCGUGCAGUUCACACAUUUCCCUUUCUUUGGAAAUAUCAUAGUAAACAUCAUUCAACUAAACAUCCAACACCACUUCAAUCGAUUCUUGCUGAUGAUAUUCAAGAAAUAAUAGAGAUCUUUCUCAUUCCUUUACUUGCAUCAUUAGCGAUGCCUUUAUCAGCGCAUGAAUUUUGGAUUGCACAAUGUAUUCUCAUGUAUAUUGAAGGAAUGGGUCACAGUGGUGUACGAGCUUUUUGGACACAUCCAUUGAUUGGCGAAGUUUUGCGACCGUUUGGAAUGGAUUUAACAAUUGAAGAUCAUGAUUUACAUCAUCGCUAUGGUAAAAGUGGCCAGAAUUAUGGUAAACAAACACGAAUCUUUGAUCGAAUUUUCAACACUAUCAGUGAACGUGUUGAAGGCAUGGAAAAAUAA